AGAAACAAAAAAAUAAAAGCCAGCAGCUGAAGUGUUGCGUUAUGCGCGGGGGAACCUGCCAAGGCUAUAAUAGGACAAGGGUGAAACAAACUUACCACGGACAUUAAAUUCCGCAGAUAUGACGGCGAACGAAAGAGAGCUCCAUUGCCUUAAAUCAGGAGACACUGUGUAGAUGUCGAGUUUGGAAUCAUCUAAAUGGAUGUACAUUGCAAUACUGUUUUUUCUUCGCCAUCUCCAUGGACAGUUCAAGACGGAGAUAAGCGAAAUUCAGAGUGUUUCGCUUAUUCUCUAGCGCGCACUUCUACCCUACUUGUAGUGUAAUUGGUCGUUAUGUCUUGUUACUGGACACUGUAUAACAGGUGCUACAUGGACAUUUGCACGGCUUUUAUUUAUUAUUUACUACAGGCACACGAGUUGAUAUCAUCUUUCUAGUUUGAUUAGGUUUUUGAAAUAGUUGUAUAUACUGAUAGCACAAUUGACGUUUAGUAGAAAUUCUUUAGACUUAUAUUCUUCGUACAGUAGUUUAUCUAAUCAGAGUUGAUUGUAGAGUUCAUUUCAGAGCCAUGUUUUUGGGGGAAAGAUGCUAACCCUGAAACUGCUAGAUUUCUGUCCUGCACUGUUGCCAACACAACAGAAGUUUCAUUGCUAUGUAUCUUAACUUUUUCCCCGGCAGGGUAGCCUACCUCAUAUUUGAUGACCUCUAACCUUAUGCUCUAGGUACUUGCACAAAAACACCUGUAUGGAUAAACAAAUGGCGAACACUAUAUCUAAAUGUAUGUUUCCCAAUAAUAUGAAUGCUCCUUCAUGACUGAUGGGUACUAACAACUUUGAGCCUCACCACCAUGGGGUGCAUGCAGAGUGUGAGAGUGAAGCCGAACUUUUACGAAAACAUCGCAGUCCUUCAACUGAACACUUCUAUUGAUUCAAACCCUACCGUCAUUGAUGAGUUAUCUAGCGUGGUACUGAGGUACCGCACACCCUACUUCAGAGCCACUGCACGUGUGAAAGUGCCGCCAGUGGCCGGCAAAGAGAUCUGGACUGUGGGCUGGAUCCAGGCUUGCAACCAAAUGGAUUUCUUCAAUUACUAUGGCGAGCAAGGAGUAUCAAGCUGGGAGCUCCCCGAGUUGAAAAAUGGACAUAUCCAGGCCAUAAGUGACUCAGAUGGUGUGAACUACCCAUGGUACGGCUGCACCACUGAGAUGUAUACCAUAGUGGGGCCAACCAACAGGAGCACCACGCUCAUGGUCAGCAUGAACGACAACUUCAGCCCCAGUGUAACAUGGAGCAUCCCCACGGGCACCCUCAGUAGCCCCCCACUCCUCAGUUCUAUCCGGAGAGACCAGCGAUUCACCACCUGGCUGGUAGCCAUGAACGAGUCCACGGCUGAAAUGGUGCUUCUAAGAACCAUCCGCUGGAAGAUGCAGCUCGCAAUUGAUGUGGACCCACAAAAGCCUUUAGGACAGAGGACCCGACUGCUGGAGCCUCUCACUCAGGAACAGCCUGAGGUGCUGACGAAGAAUGAACCCAUCCCACCCAAUGCCUUGGUUAAACCUAAUGCCAAUGGUGCCCAGAUGCUAAUUUGGAGGCCUGCAAGUGGGGAGUCUGUCAUAGUCAUCCCAUCCAAAUACUGAUUUAGAUUAUUUGGGGGGUGGGGGCAGGGGGAUGGUAAUUUAUGAAGAAAGCCAUGAACUGAAUUAAAGAGCUCUUGAUGGUUUCACAAUUGAAAAGUCAUAGAUUCUAAAAUGUAAAGGAAUAUUUCUGUCUGAUUUCCAAACUUUCAAAGUCUUUUUUUUAAAAUGUAUACUGUAUGUUUAUUAAUAUUUUGGAUAUACAACAGAACAUGAAGGUUUGUGGCAUUAGACACACCUCACUCUGCACUGAUGUUUAACCUUUUGUUCAGUAAUGUGGAAUUUCAUAUGACGAGCUUUUUAAUGUUCAGUCUACAGUGGUGUGAUUGCAUUUCAAAUAUUUUUGCAAUACAAGUGGCCUAAGCUUUGCAAGAUGAAAAGAUGCUACCUCUUAUGUUUCAUUUAUAUGAAAGGAAAAUGAAUAUUUGAGGCAAUAUGAGGUCAUUUGUUGAGUUUCUCUGUUUUGGUGAGGAUCUUAAAAAUAUACUCAGGUUAGUACCAAAUGGUAUCCUUUCUGAGUUUAGUACAGACUUGCAAAAGAACACCUUUCAGGUACUUCACAUUAAUUUUGUAGGCCUUUAGAAUAUUCGUAUGGAUAAAUUCAUUAAAGGGGAAUUGAAAUUUUA